AUGGAUCCCACAAAAGACUCUUUUCAACCACCAACACCAACACCUCCUCCACCACCUCCGUUCUCUCCUUCUUCUUACUCGGAAGAAGAAAAGACCUUCUCUUCAACAACAACAACGAUGAGAAUUCAAAGGCUUGAGAGUAUCAUUCCCAUUCCCAAGCCUCCUCCGUUUUCACCCCAAGAAGAAGAUGUUGAUCCUUCUCUUCAACAAGAUGAUGAAAAGAAUCCUACAAGAAGAAUUUCUUCGGAAGAUGUUGCAAAAAGUCAUCUUCCAAUAAGAACAGCAAUAACAGCAACAUCAUCUUCUCAAGAAGAGACCAAGCCUCUUCCUUUUUCGUCAUCUUCUUCUUCUUUAUCGAUGCAUAGUGAUCUUAUCUCUGAAUGCAUGAUGGCAAUGAAUGAUGAUAUUACUCGUGUAACAUCAGUGUUAGAAGAAAAGAAGAAGGAAGAACAUGUGACAGCUGCUGCUCCUUCAAGAACGAAUGAUGAUCAUGAUGGUGGUUUGGUUCAAGGACAAGAGGAUUCUCGACUAUUGACACCUCCAAUAAUGGAAGACACUCAGGUGUCACAAUCACUGCCACCUGUCAAUAUGGUAUCAAACAUAGAACCAAAUGCUGUUAAUUAUUCAAAAUAUUACAACUAUUUCGGAGGAUUUCAUCCAGUCGAUGCGACAGAGUCUUGUACAACAAAUUCUUACCAACAGCAACUAACAACUCAACCCAAGUCUCAACAACCCAUUGUUCCAAAAUUGGACACCACACGAUUCACAGAGGUCAACUCAGACAUUCUUCCACUACAAUUUGAAACUAGUAAUCCUCAAGAUGGAAAUAAGAAGACCUUUUCCAAGACAUUGGGUGGAUGUUUUGCCUGUUGUUGUUUUGGGCCAAUGCUCUGCUUGUUAUGUUUUUUUUCCUUAAUCGAAUUGUUGUGCAUCAUUUUAUAUGAAUAUUUUGCAUCACGAAAUUAUGAUCCUAAUCCAACACCGCAAGAUUCAAUAAUUAUUCCAAUGAUUUUAGCAGCUCAAUUUAUUACAUUCAUAGUGGUGGUAUUGUGUGGAGUUGUUUCAUCAUUGGUAGCGACCUCUUCGGUGUGUGACACUACUCUUUGGAAAAAAGAAACGACAAGUAGAUUUAUAAUUUCUAUUUUAGCGUUUAUAGCUUGUGUGUUGUGUAUUGUAUUGUUGUUAGUGAGAGGAGGAAUGGAAGGAUAUACGACACAAGUGUUGGUCAAUUACAAAAUAGCACCAGCAACCCAGUCACAAAAUUUUGGACAAGUGGCCACAACUGAAUUUAAUGUCAUUCCAUCUAUUGUGAUUGUUAUCAUGUUUGGGUUAUGUGUGAUUUCAGUAAUAUUGUGUGGAGUGUGUGGUAUGGGAUGUUUGUGUUGGUUUGGUUGUUGUUCCAUUUGUUUGUAUUCAAAUAACAGAAAGAAAGAAAAGUAUCAGUUUGGUAGGCCAACAACAAAUCAUACCAACACUUAUGCAACUCGGGCAGUAUUACCUUAA